GGACGGAGCGUUACCCGGAUGGAGCUGUCAUGGCCGCCGUCACUGCCUUGCCAGUCUAAACAGAAAAGAAAGGAACCUUUAUAAUAAAAUAUGGAGGCCAAUCUAGAUGACCCACCAGAAAGCCAUGACCAGAACAAGGAUGCUGAGAAAGAUGUCUCCAUGGUCCAUACAUGCCCUCUUUCAAAAGAGCUUGCAAAUCAGACAACAGAGACAGCAUAUAAUGACCAUUGUGACCAAGAUGACACACUGUCUGGGGAGUCAGGUACUGAUAAUUCUCACACAGAAAGCAAGUCAUCUGAAAAAUCACCAUGUAAAAUGCAACAGGGUGCUAUUUUUUCUGGAAAAAUACUGAGUUUUUGCUGUUCUGAAUGCAAAGGUGAUACCACUUACAGCCCCAAUGACUUGCUAAAACAUUUUCAAGGAGCUCACAAGGGAACACUUCCAACGUAUCCUUGUGAUCUUUGCACGUUUGUCACCAAUGAGUUCUCGUCUCUCCAGCGACAUCGCAUUGGACAUCGCGACACAUUGGUCACGUGUGAGAUCUGCAAUGAUGGAGUCCAAUACUCCUUACUGUUCCUCACCAGGCAUUUUAUUAUGUGCCACAGCUGUAAUGGACUGUUUCGCUGUAAGAAGUGUGACUUUUCCACAAGAGAUGCAGGUACAUUUGUUCAGCACAUUCAUCACCACAAUGAGGGCAGCCAUAAAUGCAUAAAGUGUCCACCACUCAGUCCCACACACGGGAAAGUCCAUUCUGGGACUUUUCCUUUCACUUGUCAAUUUUGUGGCUAUGGUGCUGCACGAAGGGAGUAUCUAAAUAAGCACCUGGCUGUUGCUCAUGGAGAUGAAAUGGAAAGAACAAGCAGAUGGAGGGCAAUAGAGGACAACACUGGAGCUAAUUCUCCUGGACUGAAACUGCUGCUUAAAAAGAGCCCUCCUGCUGGAGGAUCCAGGGAAUCACAGUGGAUGACGAAGCUGAACUCUCUUCCUGGAGUAGGUCUGCUUGACCAAAAUGGUAGUUUGUUUAAUCCAGAAAAAACACUGGAGGAAACACAGCAGUAUCUUGAACGAGCUGUUGGUGUGAAAAAAGAAAGUAACAAGUGGAGUAAAGGUUCACUCAAGAGUGAACCACAGUGUUCUUUGCCAGUUACACCAACACAGGCAAAGAUACAAGAGAAUGAACUCAGCCCAGGGUCUGGAAUUCUACACCCAAGCAACAGCAAUGGAUUGACAGUUCUCAUGGUCAAAAAUAAAAUCUCAAUUCCCCCAAACUGUACCACCAAAGUAAUGGGCUUUAAGAUGGUAGAUGGUAAAAAACAUUUAGUUUUAAAAGUCAUACCAACAAAACAGGAUCACUCUACAAAAAAUGAAAUGUCAACCGCUGAUGUCACAGGGGAGGAUGAAAAAACAUCUAGCUCUCCCUGCUCCACACUAUCCCAGAAAUCAAAGUCCCUCCUUAGUCUUGAUUCUGGGAUAAAGAAAGGUUUCACUGCCUCAAUAAAAGUAGAGGGUCAGGAUAAUGAUAAUUUCACUAGAGACCAGUCACCUUUGUUAGAUGAGCAUGAAACAAACAUGGACAGAGCUAAUAUAGACACAAACCAGGUUGGCGACGAAGCUCUUAUGAAGUCUAGCACAUUGGUUACCCCUCCAUCAGCCUCACCACCUUGUGUAGACUUGGAGUCCAAUAUGACUGGAGAGUAUAUGUUUUCCAAUAACAACAACACUCUAUGUAGGAUAUCAUCAAAACCAGAUGAGGAGCUUUCUCCCUCUCCUCCAACUGCCACAAAGUCCAAAUCAACUCAUUCAGCUCCCAGAGACCCAGAUGUAACUGAAACGGAGAUCUCUCACACAGACGUUCCCAUGGCAAAACCAGCUUUUUCAAAAUCAUUUGCUAAAUCCACUACAGCAGUAGAUUUGGAUGUGGAAGAUGCAUCACCAUCAGAAUCAAAAGAUGAUGAGCCCACAUCCCCUGAGGUAGUUUCUAACAUAGCAUCAGUUUCAAUAUCAGAAUGCCAUGCCCUGCCAUCUGCAUUGGCCUCUAAUUGCAUUGCAGAUGAGGGCACAAUCCCCACUGUCUCAUCUGAGUUCCUUAGCCAGAUGGAUCAUUCAGAGGAUAAUGAACGAUGUAGUGUUAAGUCCAUUGAAUUUUGUAGCGCAUAUGAGAGAAUUAUAGAGCAGGCUUCACCUAGAUCUCCUGUAAAAAUCAGUGCACCUUCCAUUUUAGUAGAUGAUGAGAAGCAGUCCCCUAGUGUUGAUGUAAGUAAGACUUCAUUGUCUAAGAAUACUGAAAUUAUGACCCCUUUGUCUAACUUAUCAGAUGGAAAGAGUUCUCUGUCCAAUUCAAUCAAGGGCCCUAUACUGCCCAGUGAUACCCCUCCAAGCAAGGACCUGGCUUUGGAUAAUAUAGCUGUGAAUAAUGAGUUCUGUAAUAUAUCACCAAAUGGAGAAGCUCUGUCAGAUACAAGCUCGCAUCAUAAAAUAUGUUCAGGCGAGUCCCCUAAUGCCAAAGAUUGUAGCACAGAAGUUGAGACACUUUUGCAAAAUUCCCCAAGUCAGGAGGUCUUUAGUUUUCACAAUUAUUCUAAAGAGUCUUUUGGCAGUUCCCCUGAUUCACUGGAAGCUGAUGAAGGCUCUCCAGAGGACUUGGAGGAAGAUGAGUGUGAAGAUUUUGGUGAGCUCAAGCUGGCUCCAGACUGGAGCUUAACGCUGCCUGCUUCGCCCCCACUUGUGGCUGCAGAGUCUGAAGAAUAUGUAGGAAGUGGAGGAGAUGGUAGUGGAAGUGGUGAUGAUCUAGUUUUUGCAAGUGGAAAGAAAGCACUAGAAAGAGUGUCAGAUAGUGAUAUAGAGGUUGAUGAGUGCAUAGCUACUGUGGAUGAUGCCCUGUCCAUUCCAGUGUUGCAAGAAACUGAGAAAGGAGAAGCAUGUUUGUCAGAGUCAGGGGGAAAUGGAGAGCAAGGUUUGUCUCCUGUGGCUGAGAAGGGCACUGCAGCUUUGAGUAAUGCAGCUGUUUUAGGCAAAAUACUUGAAAAGCACUCGGAUGCCAUCAUCAGCCAGCAGCUUGAGAAAGACAGACUGGUAUCCACAGCUUCAAUGCAGGACACUGUCAGACCUACUAAAACAACACUUAGGAUCCUACAGACACCAGAGGGAAAGCAGCAGAUGUUCCUUCAGACUACAGAGACUCCAUAUGCUAUGCCAGUCCAAAUAAAAAGUGCUCCAGGGUUCAAGCUAAUUACAAAGUCCUGUGCUUCAAAAGUUAAUGUGUCAUAUGUGAAGCCAGGAAUUGAAAGACCCAGCAAAGGUACAGGGUUAUCUCUUACACUAAAUGGAGGCAGAAUAGGAAUGUCGACACAAGGUUCAAGUGGAGAAGGCAAAGGCCAUUCAUCUUUUCUGCAAGCAGUGAGCAGCAGUGGAGGCAGAUACUUUGUCAAUGCCUCUUCCCUGAAAGGGCCUCUUCUCUUAUCAAGUGCUGUAAAGUCACCCACUGGAGAACAGACAAAUGCACAACCAACAUGCUAUUUAGUUCAAAGACCACUUCCUGUUGCACCAGUAAGUAACGAAUCAACUGGUUUGAACUCCAAGACUGUGCUCACCACCCGCCCACUAUUGGCUAUGCCUGUAAACUCGGCUGAUAAGGCAGCUCCAUUGCAAACAGGGCGGCAAGCAUACUUGGUUAGAUAUAUCUCUCCAGCUAAGUCAGGGAUACUGUUAAAUGGCUCAGAUGAGAAGGGAGCAAGCCAGGGCAGCCAGCCAAAUGAAGGAGGCAAAAGCAGGGUUUUCCUCAAGAUUGUUAGAAGUCCCAAUGGCACCCGGUUCCUCUCCACUGCUCCAUAUCCUUCAGCCAAAAAACCGAUUUACGUAGCCGCAGGUUCUCUGCAGUCACCUUACUUUCUUAUGUCUCCAAGUAGAUCUUUCACCAGUCUGUCUGCAGGACUGAAAACCUCCAAUACUCCUCAUGACACCUCUCAUAAAAUCAUCCCAACAAAGCUUAAGAAUAUUUUGCCUCAAUCAAGCACUGACAUUAAAAACAGGGGUAGUGAUAGCUUAGUGAUACAAAAGUCACUGCAGAUCCCCAUGCACACUCGUCCCAGAAGCCAACGGAAGAGAAGGAGAAGGUCUCUGUUUGAAGAAUCUUUUGAGACCUCUCCAAAGACAAGGAGAAACUCAAGUAAGGCAGCUGCUGACAAAGAGGUUGCCUCACUGUGGGAGCCUGUGGCAAAGCAUGUUGAGAAGACUCUUAGGCUCUCUCCCUUUAGUCCACUCCAGCAGAUCAAGUGCCCCCGUCGAAACCAGCCAGUGGUGGUGCUGAACCAUCCAGAUGCUGACAUUCCUCAAGUGGCAAACAUAAUGAAGUCGGUGAACAGGUACAAAAAUGAAGUUGUCAAAGUUUCAUUGUCUCAGAACACGGUCAAGGCCCUCUCUGAGUGGAGCCUUCUUGGUCCAGAGGGUAUGUUGUCAAAGCAGAAUAGUUCCUCUAUCAGCGUGGAUUCAAGAGUCCAGCCCUUGGGGUGCAAUGUCAGAGAAAGAUUCAUCUUAAAACUGAAGUUAAAGAAGACAAGCAGGAACAAAUAUGAGGUAGUGAGGUUAUCCUCCACCACAGGUUCAGAGCACAUGCCUACGUUUAAUUGUUGGUUUUGUGGCCGGGUAUUUAACAAUCAAGAGGAGUGGAUUGGCCAUGGACAACGGCAUCUCAUGGAGGCAACAAGAGACUGGAAUAAGCUGUUUUAAUGUACCCACAUAACCCUUGGAUUGGGUUAAAAGCCGUCCUCUAAAAGAGAAAUGAGACCGAUAAAGGAUCAUUUCUUUUUCUUUUUAUGAAUAGUCCAAUUAGAUACAAUUAAGCUGUCUAUUAUUUUUCCAUAGAUAUUCCUCCAGAAGAGUUUAACGGCUAUAGUGUAAUAGAGUUUGGUACCUGAAACCAAUUUAUAUGUAAAUAGUUUUAACCCAUGUAUAUUUAAGUCUAAAUCCUUGUGUAUGUACAGAAUGGAACUGUGAAAACUGGACACACUGUAUGUUUAUGGUGCACGCAAAAAGAUCACUGGUAUAAAAAGAAGGUGCUGUCUGUGAUAGACCUAUUUCAAUGCAGUCAUUUAACAAAUUUCUCAGGUAAUUUCAUAAUCUUUAAAUGAACAGUCCAGUUUAUAAAGAGGUCCUUUAUAUUAGCUCAGCAACUAUGUUUGAAGAUGUGUCAUUUACAGUUUAAUUUGUUUAAGUUGGCUGCAAACAUCACCCCUUUCUAGAGGUCAUAUAACUUUUAAUUUACCUUUCAGUUGUUCUAAUUUUACCUUAAUUGUAAACAUGUCCCUUUUUAGUGUUGUAUCCAGUAAAUGUUCAGUGUGCAAGCAUACCUGUAGGUAUUUGGUAUUGUAUGAAGAAUUGUACAAACUGAUAUAGAAACUGAUAUUGGGUUCCUGUGGAAACUAUGUCUUUAGAGCAGUGAGUUCACCCAUGCACUGUAUUUUUAAUUUAGGCAUUUUUCAUGUUGUUUUACUGGUGCAUUUGUAUUUCCUCUGAACAUACCAGAAUUGACCCAGUGUCAUUUUAGUAGCAAUAAUAAAUUUCACCUUAGUUUGAAACAUUUCCAUAAAGUUGUACAGACUGGAUUCAGCAUAUUAUCUGGUUUUAGCAUUUGUACUUUUCUUCCACUGUUUUCCUUUGAGUGAAGGUGGGGAAGCUGCAAAGCAAUUAUGUGCAUUAUAGAAGAGGAAACGAAAUGGAGCAUGUUGAGAUGCAAGCUACCAAACCUCAAAAGCCCAACCAAACACUAACUGUUGUUCUCAUACUCUCUGAUACUUGAGUGCCUAGAUCUGCCUCAAAGUUUCUACCAAGCAGUUGUUCUCUGUGUUUAAAAUCAGUGAGAUUUUAUAUUGUUUUGAGUAUUUUAAAGUACUUCAUCCCGGAAAUCGAAAUGGAGGUAUUAGGUAGUCUUUAAAUCUGAGGUUGUUUAUUGGCAGAUGUCAAUAAUGCAGGGUAUUUUCAUGGAUCACCACGUUUGAUUUUUGUGUACUCCACUCCUAGACUCAAACCUGCGGAAUAGUUAAAUGUAAAUGAUUAAUCUACACCUGGCUUAGUAUCACCACUAGUGAGAAUCUCCACUCUAAACUGUCAGCCUGUCUAUGGGGUUAAUGACUUAUGCAAAUCUUCCUUCCAGCCAUUCACAGUACAAUGGUCAACUUCUGAACAACAGGUUCAGCUUUACCUCACAGCUGCCAGCAUUUAUGAUAUCAAGUGCAUUAAAAGCUAGCACUUUGAGAAGUUACACAAAACCAUGAUUUUGUUAGGAUAAGUGUAAUAUUUCAAUCUCAUGACCACAAUGGUGGAUUCUGAUUAUUUUCUUAAGCUUGUUACACUUGCUUUAUUUGUAACUUGGUGUAUCAACUUCAUUGAUUUUUUUUAAAGCAUACUGAGUCAUAGACCAUUCUUAUCUGACUUAUUGUACUUCACUGCACAAAUCAUGGAACGUCUGCCCUUCAGUUUUGUGACAGGACAAUCACUGUUACAGAUCAAAGCAGUGAACAAAGUCAAUUUAUCACUGCUUUUAAACCAUAGUUGGUUAACUUUUGAUUUUUUUAUUUUUUAUUUCUGUGCAUAAUUUAAAACCUUACUGUCUAUUUUAAUGCUCUCCUUUUGCUGACCUCAAGUGACCCUACCUAACACUACCAGUGUACUAUGCCAUCAGCAAGCAAAAAGCAUGACCUUCACUUUCACAUGCCAAUAUGACAGUAACCAAAUAAUUUUUAUUCUGAGGCAAAAAAUAAAAAUUCACUGUUUGAUGUUUAAUGCUCAUGUCACACAGAUUGUUGGUUUAUUAGGAUGUGAGAAUUUUAUUUUUUUAUGCCAAGUGCCUAAAAUGUGAUGCACCAGGUUGACACUAUAUUGUACUGUAUUUACCUCUUUGCAGUUCCUCUUGAAUAAAUGUAAAUACUUUGAAA